AUGGCCGCCCCGCGCCCGCCCCCCGCCGUCGCCGUCUCGGCGCCCGCCUUCUACGCGCCGCAGAAGAAGUUCGCCCCCGUGGUGGCCCCCAAGCCCAAAGUGAACCCCUUCCGCCUCGGAGACGGCGAGACCCCCGCGGCAGCAGGGGCGCAGCGCGCGCAGAUGGGCCGGGUGGGCGAGGUGCCUCCACCGCCCCCCGAAGACUUUCCCUUGCCGCCCCCUCCGCCCCUCGGGGACUGCGAUGACGCAGAGGGUGCCUUGGGAGGCCCCUUCCCGCCGCCCCCUCCCCCAAUUGAAGAGUUCCCCCCUGCGCCCCUGGAGGACGAGACCUUCCCUUCCCCACCGCCUUUGCUGGAGGAGGAGGAGGAGGAGGCGCGCGCGCCACCCCCACCGCCCCAGCCCAGGGAGAAGGUGAGCAGCAUUGACCUGGAGAUGGACUCGCUGUCCUCGCUACUGGACGACAUGACCAGGAAUGACCCCUUCAAGGCUCGGGUGGCCCCCGGAUAUGUGCCCCCGCCGGUGGCCACGCCCUUCAUUCCCAAGACCAGCCCUAGACCUCCAGCUGGGGGGUCAGCACCCCUGCCACCUUGGAAGGUCCCUGCCACCUCCCCACCCCAGGCUCCAGCCCCAUCCCAGAGCCAGACACUUGCCCCAGUUCCCACCCAGCCUCCACCCCAGGCCAGACCCCAGGCUCAGCCCCAACCCCCACCCCAGGCCAGACCUCUGGCCCAGCCCCCACCCCAGCUGCAGCCCCAGCCUAUGUCUGCAGCCAGAGGGCCUCCAGCACCAAAGUUUUCUCCAUUGGCUUCCAAAUUCACUCCUGUGGCCUCCAAAUUCAGCCCUGGAGCCCCAGGUGGACCUGCAUCACAGCCCACUCAGAAGCUGGGGUCCCCAGAAGCUCCCUCUGCCAUGGGCACAAGCUCUCCACAGCCUCCCAGUGUCACCUAUGCCCAGCACAAGGAGAAGCAGCAGCCUGUGACCCCACCACCAUCAGCCCCAAACCAGGUCCGCCCUGCUGGGACCUCUGGCCCCCUGACACUGAAGGAGGUGGAAGAGCUGGAGCAGCUGACAAAACAGCUCAUGCAGGACAUGGAACAGCCCCAGGUGCCAGCUGUGUCCACCAGCGAGCUCUGUGGCAGCUGCCAGCAGCCCCUGGCACGUGCUCAGCCUGCAGUGCGUGCACUGGGCCAGCUGUUCCACGUCACCUGCUUCACCUGCCACCAGUGUAAGCGGCAGCUGCAGGGCCAGCAGUUCUACAGCCUGGAGGGUGCACCCUACUGCGAGGGCUGCUACACCGACACCUUGGAGAAGUGUAACACGUGCGGACAGCCCAUCACCGAGCGGAUGCUGCGGGCCACCGGCAGGGCCUACCACCCGCAGUGCUUCACCUGCGUGGUCUGUGCCUGCCCUCUGGAGAACACCUCCUUCAUUGUCGACCAGAAUAACCAGCCCCACUGUGUCCCAGACUACCACAAGCAGUACGCCCCAAAGUGCUCCGUGUGCUCUGAGCCCAUCAUGCCUGAACCAGGACGGGACGAGACCGUGCGGGUGGUGGCCCUGGACAAGAACUUCCACAUGAAGUGCUACAAGUGUGAGGACUGCGGGAAGCCACUGUCCAUCGAGGCUGAUGACAAUGGCUGCUUCCCCCUGGACGGGCAUGUCCUCUGCCGGCAGUGCCACACAGCCCGAGCCUAG